AUGUGCCGACGAGCCGGCCGUACGUCUUCGUACGACAGUGACGAACGCACGUGUCUGCUCCCGAAGACUGAAGAACAGAGACAGACUAUGGGCUUUGUCACGUCGCUGAGGGGGCACCUUCAUGCGGAGGGGUCGUCGUCAGUAGACCCUGCCAAUGCGGAUAUUGCCGCGUCUGAAGCACCCAGGGAUGUUGAAAUGGCCGGUAAGAAGGAUGACACUCUCGAAGAUCACGAACAUGUCAAAAAGCUCGACACUUCCAAGCCGCUUGAGUCUGGCGUUGGCACCAUCGAAGCUGCUCAGACGUUAUGGGGGAAGAAGGGAAGAUGGCUCGUUAUUGUCGGCUUGGCCUUGGUGAUGAUUGUGUACGAAAUUGACAACACAACUGUCUACAUCUACAACAACUAUGCGACAUCCGCCUUUUCAGCUCUGUCCAAGCUAGCAACUCUCAGCACCGCCAGCGGCAUCGUAUUCGCCGUCAUCAAGCCCCCAGUUGCCAAGCUAUCCAACGUUAUUGGACGAGGGGAAACCUACAUCAUGAGCAUAUCGUUCUACGUCUUGGGUUACAUCCUCAUGGCAACGUCGACGACAUUCAACGCGUACGCUGCAGGAGCGGUCUUUUACGUCGUCGGCCAAUCCGGCACCAACAUCAUGAACGACAUCGUCAUUGCCGACAUCACCACGGCUCGCUGGCGUGGCUUCGCCCUCAGUUUCUCCUUCUUUCCUUUUCUCAUCACGCCAUGGGCCGCCGCGUUCAUCGUCGACGACGUCGUCAAACCUGGGGGUAUCGGUUGGCGAUGGGGCAUUGGCAUGUUCGCCAUCCUCAUGCCCAUCGGCGCGGCGUUCAUCAUUUCCACUCUCCUACACUACCAGAAGAAGGCAAAGGAUAUGGGUCUCACUCCAAGGCAGAAGACGACGCUCUACAGCUUCUGCUCCCAGAUCGACCUCGGUGGUUCAGCCCUUCUCUGCGCAGGCUUCUCGAUGGUCUUGAUCCCGCUGACACUAGCGGCGUCAACCCCAAGCAGGUGGGGCACGCCAUACAUCAUCGUCCUCACCGUGGUGGGUGUCAUUCUCCUGGCCGCACUGCCACUCUACGAGAAGUUUCUGGCACGCAACCCAAUCAUGCCCACGCGGUACUUUCGCAACAAGACCAUCGUGCUCUGUCUCUUUCUCAUCACAAGUGACUCGGUCGGCUUCUCGUGCACACACACAUAUCUUUACUCCUGGUCCACCGUGGCUCGCGGCUUCGUCGCCCGUGACGCCACGUUUUUCCAAUACACCAACGGUGUGAUGCAGUGCGUGAUGGGAAUCAUCGCAGGUCUGGCAAUGGCAUACACACGUCGAUACAAGUGGCUGCUCAUCGGCGGCGCAAUCAUCCGUCUCAUCGGAUACGGCGUCAUGCUCCGCCUACGCGGCGCCGACAACUCCGUGGCUGAGCUCUUCAUUGUGCAAAUGAUCCAGGGUCUGGGUUCCGGAAUCAUGCAGCUAUCGAUUCUUGUGCCUGCGCAAGUCGUCGUGCCGCAUCGCGAGAUGCCGCAAAUUACUGCUCUGGUUAUCUGCUGCUCGGUCAUUGGUGGAAGUAUCGGAGGCUGCAUAGCAGGCGGUAUCUACACCAACACGUUCAAGCCGAUGCUGUACAAAUACUUGGGCGCCAGCGCUUCGUCAGAGCUUGUUGACUCUUUAUUCGACUCUAUUGUUGGCACCGCGCCUGCAUGGGGUACUCCGGAGAGAACCGCGAUCAAUCACGCUUUCACGGAUGUAAUGAAAUUCAUGGUCUACACCGCUGUCGGAGCAUCGGCCCCUGGGGUUAUUUUGGCCUGGUUCCUGCCAGAUUUUGUGUUGCCUGACCGAAACAACAUGGUUGAGGAAUAA